CUCGCAGUCAAACAACUCUAGGCCAGCUAUAGAAUCAAACUCCAACCAUGGGAACGGCGUAUGCAUUCGCUGCAAACAGCCAGGAUGGUCAUUGCAGACUGACGACGAUGUUUGCAAGGUCAGAGUAUAUAUAGGUGCGGUGGGUCCGACAGCUUGUUACAAUCAACACCAUUGUUCAGUAUACUAGCAUCUUUACGAUACUUACUGGCGCAUACUUACCUGGCUACGAUUCCACUACAAGGCAAACAUGUCGCGUGUUCAGCUACUCAGCCAAGACCUCCCCUCCAAAGCCAAGGUCUUCUACAGACAGGCCGGCCCCGAAUCCGCCCCAGUGAUACUGCUCCUCCACGGCUUCCCGUCCUCCUCCCACCAAUACCGCAACCUGAUCCCCAUCCUGGCGAAGAAGUACCGCAUUCUCGCCCCAGAUCUGCCUGGAUUCGGAUUCACCACUGUCCCAGAGGGCUUCAAGUAUACGUUCGACAAUCUCGCCGCGGUGGUGUCGGAGUUCCUGGAUAAGCUCUCGAUCACGCGCUUCUCCGUCUACAUCUUCGACUACGGCGCUCCCACCGGCCUCCGACUCGCUCUGCAACGGUCAGACGCUGUGCAAGCCAUCAUCUCCCAGAAUGGCAACGCGUACGACGAAGGGCUAGGAGCCUUCUGGGACCCGAUCCGCGAGUUCUGGAAGAGCAACAAUGAUCCCAAAAUCCGAGCAAAGCUCGUACCAGCCCUGCUCAGUUUCGAAGCAACCAAGUGGCAGUAUGACGAGGGGACACAGAGUGGCAGGACGGUCGCGCCGGAGUCAUAUCACCUUGACUAUGCGCUGCUGCAGCGUCCUGGUAACGCGGAUAUCCAGAUCGAUCUGUUUUGGGACUAUCAGAACAACCUGCCGCUAUAUCCCAAGUUCCAGGAAUACUUCCGGCAGUCUAACGUGCCGGUCCUUGCGGUCUGGGGCAAAAACGACCAAAUUUUUGUCCCCCCUGGUGCUGAAGCGUUCAAACGAGACUUGCCCAAGGCGGAGGUGCAUCUUUUGGACGCAGGACAUUUCGCAGUUGAAACCGAGACCGAGGAGAUCGGGGGCCUCAUUUUGGACUUUCUGGCCCGCAAUGGAAUCUAAUCCACGAGAUGAAUAGUUGUUGGAAUCGGUCGGGACGUAAUCAGCUGCACGGGAAAACUGUAUGUAAUAGCAAUUGACAAGAAUGCCAAUGAAUCAGUUUAACGAGUCGUACAAAA